AUGCCGAAGUUUCAAAAUAUAAAAAUUGUUAUGUUGUUUCGUUUGAGGAAAACUUCAACAAAAAUUUCAAUUUUACAAUUGGAAUUCGUUUCCUAUGCUGAAAUUUUGUAUUCUAUUGCUAGUAAACAGUCACGAAGUGUGAUAGAUUCCGAGGACAUUUUAAAAUCAAUUUCACUGGAAAAAUUUCGUAAAUUUCAAAAUGAAGUGUACUUUCGAGACGAAAACCUGAAUGAGGUAGAAGUGAAUGGUUAUGGAUGGACUGGAGAAGCAUUCCGUUGGUUCGUGCGAAACAAAAAUGAUGAAGUGACCCACAGUAAUGGUGAUUCAUGGCGUCAUCGUACAAUGACGUCAUCGCGACUAGAUAUCCAGGUAGCACGUAAGAGAAAGGGGAUGGAGAGAGACGAGCAUGGAAGAAUUGGAAAUUGA